GCCUAGUAAAAUGUUAACCUGGACACCGGCUGCCCCGUUGAUGCUUUCGUGGCUGGCCGUGUACUUCCGGAAGUUAGACCCGAGUAAGGGAGAGCCACAGAAUCAUAGUCCCAGCACCACUGCUCACCAUCUGCUUCCCCUACUCUGCUUAGAUGGUGGUGGCUGUUGGUGGGAGCCAGUUUGUGGGGUUGGGGUGUCGAGGGGGCGGGGAGGGGCCCUUCUCCGUGGACUGAGCUCUAGAGCACUGGGCUCAGGCUUUGUGCAGGUCGGACGUGAUAAGUAUGAACCUGCAGCCGUUUCAGAACAUGGCAACAAAAAGAAGGCCAAGAAAGAGAGGGAUAUAGAUGAAUUGAAGAAAGAAGUUUCUAUGGAUGACCAUAAACUUAGCCUUGACGAACUUCAUCGCAAAUACGGAACAGACUUGAGCCGAGGCUUAACAACUGCUCGCGCGGCUGAGAUCCUGGCCCGAGACGGCCCCAACGCCCUCACCCCGCCCCCCACCACUCCCGAAUGGGUCAAGUUCUGUCGGCAGCUGUUUGGGGGGUUCUCAACGUUACUGUGGAUUGGAGCGAUUCUUUGUUUCUUAGCUCAUGGCAUCCACGCUGCCACAGAAGAGGAACCUGAGAACGAUAAUCUAUACCUCGGUGUGGUCCUCUCUGCUGUCGUCAUCAUAACUGGCUGUUUCUCCUACUAUCAAGAAGCUAAAAGUUCAAAGAUCAUGGAAUCCUUCAAAAACAUGGUCCCUCAGCAAGCCCUUGUGAUUCGAAAUGGUGAGAAAAUGAGCAUCAACGCCGAGGAGGUUGUAGUCGGGGACCUGGUAGAAGUGAAGGGCGGAGACCGGAUCCCUGCAGACCUCCGAAUCAUAUCUGCCCACGGCUGCAAGGUGGAUAACUCCUCCCUCACUGGCGAAUCUGAGCCCCAGACCAGGUCUCCAGACUUCACAAACGAAAACCCCCUGGAGACCAGGAACAUCGCCUUCUUCUCAACCAACUGUGUGGAAGGCACUGCACGUGGCAUUGUCGUGUACACUGGGGAUCGCACAGUGAUGGGAAGAAUCGCGACACUCGCGUCUGGGCUGGAAGGCGGCCAGACUCCCAUCGCUGCUGAAAUUGAACAUUUUAUCCACAUCAUCACGGGUGUGGCUGUGUUCCUGGGUGUGUCCUUCUUCAUUCUUUCUCUGAUCCUUAAGUACACCUGGCUCGAGGCCGUCAUCUUUCUCAUCGGUAUCAUUGUAGCCAACGUGCCAGAGGGUUUGCUGGCCACUGUCACGGUAUGUCUGACCCUUACCGCCAAACGCAUGGCAAGGAAGAACUGCUUAGUGAAGAACUUAGAAGCUGUGGAGACCCUGGGGUCCACAUCCACCAUCUGCUCGGAUAAAACUGGAACUCUCACCCAGAACCGGAUGACGGUGGCCCACAUGUGGUUCGACAAUCAGAUCCACGAAGCCGACACGACGGAGAAUCAGAGCGGUGUCUCGUUCGACAAGAGUUCAGCCACGUGGCUUGCUCUGUCCAGGAUCGCGGGUCUCUGUAACAGGGCGGUGUUUCAGGCUAACCAGGAAAACCUGCCUAUCCUUAAGCGGGCCGUUGCGGGCGACGCCUCGGAGUCCGCGCUCUUGAAAUGCAUUGAGCUGUGCUGUGGCUCCGUGAAGGAGAUGAGAGACCGACACGCCAAGAUCGUGGAGAUCCCCUUCAACUCCACCAACAAGUACCAGCUGUCCAUCCACAAGAACCCCAACACAUCUGAGUCCCGGCACCUGCUGGUGAUGAAAGGUGCCCCCGAGAGGAUCCUGGACCGCUGCAGCUCCAUUCUCCUGCACGGCAAGGAGCAGCCCCUGGAUGAGGAGCUGAAGGAUGCCUUCCAGAAUGCCUACCUGGAGCUUGGCGGCCUCGGAGAGCGCGUGCUAGGUUUCUGCCACCUUAACCUGCCAGAUGAACAGUUUCCUGAAGGCUUCCAGUUUGACACCGAUGACGUGAAUUUCCCUGUCGAAAACCUCUGCUUCGUUGGGCUCAUCUCCAUGAUUGAUCCUCCGCGGGCUGCCGUUCCCGACGCUGUGGGCAAAUGCCGGAGUGCUGGAAUUAAGGUCAUCAUGGUCACUGGAGACCACCCGAUCACAGCCAAAGCCAUUGCCAAAGGUGUGGGCAUCAUCUCAGAAGGCAAUGAGACAGUAGAAGACAUUGCUGCCCGCCUCAACAUCCCAGUGAGCCAGGUGAACCCCAGAGAUGCUAAGGCCUGCGUCAUCCAUGGAAGUGACCUGAAGGACAUGACCUCCGAGCAGCUGGAUGACAUUCUCAAGUACCACACGGAGAUCGUGUUCGCCAGGACCUCUCCCCAGCAGAAGCUUAUCAUCGUGGAAGGCUGCCAGAGACAGGGAGCUAUCGUGGCUGUAACUGGCGAUGGUGUGAAUGACUCUCCAGCCUUGAAGAAGGCAGACAUUGGGGUUGCCAUGGGGAUUGCUGGCUCCGACGUGUCUAAGCAAGCAGCUGACAUGAUUCUUCUGGAUGACAACUUUGCGUCCAUUGUGACUGGAGUCGAAGAAGGUCGUCUGAUCUUUGAUAACUUGAAGAAAUCCAUUGCCUACACCCUGACCAGUAACAUUCCAGAGAUCACCCCCUUCCUGAUAUUUAUUAUUGCAAACAUUCCACUACCACUGGGGACCGUCACCAUCCUCUGCAUCGACUUGGGCACGGACAUGGUUCCUGCCAUCUCCCUGGCUUAUGAGCAAGCUGAGAGUGACAUCAUGAAGAGACAGCCCAGAAACCCCAAAACAGACAAGCUUGUGAAUGAGCGGCUGAUCAGCAUGGCCUACGGGCAGAUCGGUAUGAUCCAGGCCCUGGGAGGCUUUUUCACUUACUUUGUGAUCCUGGCGGAGAACGGCUUCCUCCCGACGCACCUGCUGGGGCUCCGCGUGGAGUGGGAUGACCGGUGGAUCAACGACGUGGAGGACAGCUACGGGCAGCAGUGGACGUUUGAACAGAGGAAAAUUGUGGAGUUCACGUGCCACACAGCCUUCUUCGUCAGCAUCGUGGUGGUGCAGUGGGCCGACCUGGUCAUCUGUAAGACCAGGAGGAACUCCGUCUUCCAGCAGGGGAUGAAGAACAAGAUCUUAAUAUUCGGGCUCUUUGAAGAGACGGCCCUUGCUGCUUUCCUUUCCUACUGCCCUGGAAUGGGCGUAGCCCUGAGGAUGUACCCCCUCAAACCUACCUGGUGGUUCUGUGCCUUCCCCUACUCUCUUCUCAUCUUCGUGUACGACGAAGUCCGAAAGCUCAUCAUUAGGCGACGCCCUGGCGGUUGGGUAGAGAAGGAAACCUACUACUAGGCCCCCUGUGUCCUGCACGUCGUGGAACAUCACACCACGCACUCUGCACCACCCCCACCCCCUCUUUGUGUCCUUCAGUCUUGGAAUUCGGAACUCUACCCUGGUAGGAAAGCACCGAAGCAUGUGGGGGAAGCGAGAUGUCCCAGAACGAAGCAUGUAGCUAUACAGGGGGGAGGGGGGAGGGGUGCCUGACAAACAUCGUCUGUGGGAAUGACAGCGGGGAAGGUUUUUAUGUGCCUUUUUGUUUUUGUUAAAAGGAAAACUUGGAAAGACUGAAAGAAUACAUUUUAUAUCUGGAUUUUUACAAAUAAAGAUGGCUAUUAUAAUGAAAUCGGUC